AUGGUGGUUACCAUAAAUGAAGUCGGCAACUUGUCUCUCCCAUUGAUCUAUAAAUGGGUAAUGAAUGAGAGGAGUUUUGUGUGUCGCGACUUAGGGUUCGUGGGUCUCUCUGGUUCGUGGGUCGCGUCUUCAGUCAUCAUCAGCAACUCGAGAUCAGCUUCAGCCCGUGCUUCGUCACGGCUCAGUUCUGGUCCUUCUGGUUCGCGAACUCAGUCCCUCUGGUUCGCGAACGUCAUCACCGUGCUUCUGAUUCAGGUCGCGAUCGUCUUCCGCCGUCGUUCACAGCCAUCGCGACUCACCUCGCGAUCGUCUUCAGCCAUCGCGACUCCGUCCUGUCUUUUGAAUCUUCUCUGGUCUGGUAUGUCUGUUAUAACUAUUGGGUCUGUCCUACCGUCUGCUAUGUCUGCUGAUCGGAUGUCUAAACAGCAGAUUGGGACUGGUCGUAGAGUUGGGGACCUCUAUGUGGCACUGAGAGGUAAGAUUAGUCCUUCAUUGCUUGAAUUGCAACAUCUGAAGUAUUUGGACCUUAGUGGUAAUGGUUUUUUCCAUGUGCACAUCCCAAAGUUCAUUGGUUCUUUCGGCAGACUACGAUACCUCAACCUUGCAUAUACUGGCUUUUCUGGUCCAAUUCCUAUUCAGUUCAGGAACCUUACUAGCUUGCAGUAUCUUAAUCUUAGCAGAAAUUAUUAUACGAAUGGUGGAAAUCUUGAGUGGCUUUUUCCCCUUUCUUCAUUAAGUCACGUGGACCUUAGUGGUGUUAACCUUAGUAAAGCAAUCGACUGGGUUCAAUCUAUCAAUAAUCUCCCUCUCCUAAAGGAGGUAAGGUUAAUUGAUUGUACACUUCCUGAUAUCACUACUCAUCCCUCACUUCCUUUUAAUUCUUCUGUGUCUCUUUCUGUAAUUGAUCUAUCUGGUAAUGAUCUAUCUUCUUCAAUAGACAAUUGGUUGUUCAACUUUAGUAGUAGCCUUAUUGAUGUUGACCUUUCUAGUAACCAAUUAAAAGGUCUGAUUCCUGAUUCUUUUGGAGGCUUGAUUUCCCUCACAAAUCUCAGUCUUCGUUUUAAUCAUCUUAAAAGCGCCCUUCCAAAAUCCUUUGCAAAUUUAACUCAUUUACUAUCUUUACAUUUUUGCUACAACAAUUUAACUGAAGAACUUCAUCAAUUCCUUCAAAAGUUGUCUGGGGCAGAGGACUCAUUACGGUUUUGA